AUGCUUGAAGAGGAUGAACAAUUUGUUUUCAUGCUUCAAAUGCCAGACAUUCAGCCAAGAACUUUUGACCCGAACAUUCCGAGAUUUGAAUUGGACCUCUUAUCGGAUGAACAGGCACGAAAUCAAUUUCGAUUUUAUAAAGACGACAUCAUUCGUUUAAAGCAUGCUUUACAAAUUCCGGAAAGAAUAAUUCUACAAAAUAGGUCCGUAGUUAGUGGCACGGAUGCCUUGUGUAUCUUACUAAGACGGUUUGCAUAUCCUAAUCGUUUUUCGGAUUUGGAACGUAUAUUUGGACGUCCAAAUACAACACUUUCCAUUGUUGUGAAUACAUUACUCGAGCAUAUACAUGACUAUUUUCGACAUGUAGUGACAGAAUUUGAUCAGGCAUGGAUGGACCAACGUCAUAUACAAAUAUACGCCGACACCAUACACGAGAAAAGAGCACCUUUAACUAAUUGUUUUGGUUUUGUUGACGGAACAGUCCGGCCAAUUUGCCGGCCCACAAGAUACCAGAGGGUAUGUUACAAUGGACAUAAACGCAUUCACUCAUUGAAGUUCCAAUCAGUCAUGUUGCAAUUUCGAUGA